AUGGGAGCAGCAGCAGCUGCAGCAGCAGCAGAGGAGCAACAGGUUCUUUCCGGCUGCUGCAAAUCAGUUUUCAGAGGGAUGGGGGUUGAAGCCCUGGGCAGUGCUGCUGCUGCUGCUGCUGCUGCUCGCUGCAGCAAGCCGCACGGGAGCCACAGCAGCACCUUGGCCGCCAGCAAGGAGCAGCUCAGCAGCAGCAGCAGCAGCAGCAGCAGCAGCUCCCGCUUCAUUCUGGGGAUCCGCUCCCUUGCAGCAAAGUGUGCUGAAUUCGGUGCUGCAGUGCAGCAGCAGCAGCAGAAGCAGCAGCAACGAAGAGCAGCAAGAGCUUCAGCCAUCUCCCAGCAGUGGGCAAGAACCGCCCUAAGUGGCGGAGGUCUGCGCCCUCGAGUCUUUGGGGCUAUUAAUGCUGCUGCUGUAAGGGUCCCUUGCUUGGUGGUUUGCAACCACUGCAGCGUCAUUGAUAUCCCUCUGCUGGGCGGCUUCUUACCUCUGAAGCAUAUACGUUUUAUAUCAAAAGCAGAGGUGCUUGCUUGGCCCGUUGUCGGUCACGCAAUGCGGGAGAUUGGCGUCGUUGGCUUUGAUAGAAAUUCGCUCAGCGGCACCAUCAGCCUCGUUCGUCAGAUUUCUCAAGUCGUCAGGCCCCACAGCCCCCCGCCUCUCUACAGCCUUCACAGUCACACAAACAAAGACACACCAAACCCUAGACAGGGGCCCCAAGAGGGGCCCCCAGAAGGGCCCCAAGAGGGGCCCCCAGAGGGGGCCCCAGAAGGUUCCCUAGAAGGGCCCCCAGAGGGGGCCCCAGAGGGGUCUCCCCAGGGGAGAAGAUUUGGGGGCCCCCUUGGGGGCCCCAAUGGGGUGGUUGAGGGGGGGGGGCCCCCUGAGGGGCCCUUAAGAGGUCGAUCAGGGGGUAGUUGGGCAGGUGAAGAGGAGGUGCGUGUACAGUGGAGGGAGGGGACGCAGUUAAAAGAAGAAGGGGCCCCUGUUUUUUUAGGUUUUCCUGAGGGGAGGAGGGCACGAGACGGACGAGCAAAGGCCCCCAAGUUGGGUCUCUUUCAAAUUGCAAAGAAGCUGGGCUUGCUGCUGCUGCCUGUCUCCAUUGUAGGGGCCCACAAGCUGCAGCCUGUGGGGUCCCUUCUGCCUCUACCAACGGAGACACCUAUUGAGCUGCAUAUACACCCCGCGAUUGAUACUCGCACCAUGACUGCGGAAGAAGCAGCACGUAAGACGUGGGAGGCGGUAGUUGGGGGGCUUCCGCCUGAGCAGCAGCCUCAGGACCCCAUAGAGAUAUAA